UAUAUAAGCCACCAGCGCCUCGUGCAGUCUGCAAUCAUCACAGGAACACGGUUCUAGCUUCAACAGUGUUUGAACGGAACUUCCUCCUGUGUCCUCUUCGUCUUUUGUUGCAUUUCAGCUGAAAGAAAAUGACGUCCCAGGUUCGCCAGAACUUUAGCCAGGAGGUGGAAGCUGCCAUCAACCGGCAAGUCAACCAGGAGCUCUACGCCUCCUACGUCUACAGCUCCAUGGCCUACUACUUCGACCGCGAUGACGUGGCCCUGAAGAACUUCCACAAGUUCUUCAAGGAGCUGUCUCACGAGGAGCGCGACCACGCCGAGAAGCUGCUCGAGUACCAGAACAAGCGCGGCGGCCGCGUCGUGCUGCAGGACAUCAAGAAGCCGGACCGGGACGAGUGGGGCAAUGGCCUUGAGGCGCUGCAGCUGGCGCUUCAGCUGGAGAAGAGAGUGAACCAGGCGCUGCUCGAGCUGCACGCCCUCGCCGACAAGAACAAGGACCCUCAGCUGUGCGACUUCAUCGAGAGCCACUACCUGGAGGAGCAGGUGGACGCCAUCAAGCAGCUGGGCGAGCACAUCACCAACCUCAAGCGCCUCGGCGUGCCGCAGGCCGGAGUGGGCGAGUACCUCUUCGACAAGAUGACGCUGGGCAGCUGAGCGGUGGCGGCGGCGAGGGCUGGGAAGUCCACGAGCAGCCGUUGGUUGCCGCCUGACGUAGCGCGGCACCGUUCGUGGUGGGGCCCGGUGCCGUUACUCGGCGAGGAGCGACGAUUCCUCCUUCGACGCGGAAACGCCGUCGAGGGAUUCUCGGUCCGUUCGCUGUUGCCGGUCACCGCACCGGCGCCACCACGAGGGUUCCGCUGCUGCCCUCCGGGGUCGGGUCUACAGCGGGCUCGGUUUGUUGUCCUUGAUCCUUGUUUGGCCGUAAUAAAGAUUUGAUUAAAGCAACCGU